GUCUUUCUUUCGCCGCCUCUGACGCCGACGAGAGCCACCGCGAAAGAUCAACAAACCGAUGUCGCCGACGUCACAGUUUUCCUCACUGCCUAACGAUAUAGCGUGGCAAGUCUUAGCCCGCGUGCCGAAAUGCAAAUACCCACUCCUCGCUUGCGUCUCCAAGAACUUCACUUAUCUCGUUCGUUCCCCGGAGAUUCACAAGAUUCGCUCUCUCCUCGGCAAAGAUUCGCUCUACAUCUCCUUCAGGAACAAAAACGAUCGCUCCCAGAACCCGCGUUGGUACACUCUGCGCAGAGCUGAGAACAAUCCGAGCGAGAACCAGUUCGUCGUCUCCGUCAACCUCGCGCUUCCUAAUCAUUACCAUCGCAUGCCCUCGAUCGUCGCUCACGGUCCGGAGAUUUUCUUUAUCUGCGGCCCGUUCUUUCAGUCCCCAAGCUUUUGGGUCUUCGAUUCUCGAACCGGCGAGCUUCGACGAGGACCGACCAUGAACGCGAACCGAACGUACAAAAGCGUGGGAGUAGUCGGACGCAAGCUAUACGUGGUCGGAGGAGUAAGAUCUAACGAGAAUGUUGCCGAGUCAUUUGACCUAACGACGGAAACUUGGGAGCCAGCGCCGAUCCCUAAGGAAGAAAAGACGUGGCUCGCGUCUGCCACGGUGUCGUUAGACAGGAAGGUGUGUGCGUUGAUGCUCGUUGGAGCCUACACUGUUUGCUACGAUACUGGGGAUGGUUCUUGCGAGAGUUUUGCUUUGCCUGAAGAUAAGUGGUGGAAAACGGGUGUUUGUGUGAUGGAGAAUGUGCUCUACGUUUAUUACGCUAGAUUCGGGUUGAUGUGGUAUGACACUGAGCUGAGGGUAUGGAGAGUGGUGAAUGGUUUGAGUGAUGUCAAAAAGGUUCGAUCCGUUGGGAUGGCGGAAUACUAUGGAAAGGUGGCGCUUUUGUGGAAAGAACAUGGUGGGUGCGGAAAGGAGAUUUGGUGUAGAAUGAUUGCUAUGGGUAAGUGUGAAGAAGGGGUCAAAGGGACUGCAGAAUCGGCUCAACUUCUGGGGAGUGUCCCUGAUGGUUACAGAAUGGACAAUUGUCUAUCAGUUUCAGACUAAAGAGGAUAGAUUGGAUAGGUUGAAGUAAUUAUUUUGAUGUGUGGGCUAUGCUAUUCUGUUUACUAGUAAUUUUGCCAUCGUUGUACAAACUUCAAAAAGCAUGUGGUGUUUGCACAAGUGUUAUGUUGUUUCCAGUUUA